GUAGAAAAGUGGAACGUAAUUUUCCUGGUCUACCAACGGGCUAGCUCCGUUGCCGUUCCCUGCUACAAUUCCUGAGCACCCCCCCACAGUCCUUAUCGUGGCCCAGGCUCAGAUUUCCAGCUUGUUUCGUGACGACGUACGCAGAGAUGGCAGCGAAGAUAGGCUCUUCCGAACGUUGCUGGUAAUUGGCAACGGGUUCAGCGAAAACCGUUCCGGAAGAGUAUUGAGUGUAACGGAAAGGGCCCGGGCAGAGUUUGCCUUCGUGUGUGGUCGCUUUUCAAAUUACGGUGUACACCCAGCGGCGGAAGGGCACAUUCAGUCCGUGUCGUGUCUUUGUUGUCUGUCCGCCCAAGCAAGGCAGUGCGUGGAAGAGCGCAAAAUAACCGUUCGUAAACAUCGCCAUCGCAUCACAAAGUGUGCGCAGAGACAGUUCGCUGCCCGCUUUUCGCGAAUUGCUUUGUGGACAGCAUCGCCGCAUCAUGGAUUCGUGUGCCGCGGUCGAGAAAGAGGUGGAGAAAGUGAUUAACAAGUUCUCCGCCAUCAACGACCAUUCUCAGCGUAUCAUCGGCGAUGUGAUUGCGUUCAUCGAAAAGCUGCGCUCAUCGAUCGCGGAAGGUAACGAUGCGGCCGCUUGGUCAGUUCGCUGUACCCCGGACGAUAAACUCACGCCCGGCCAGGUGGAGGUGCUGAAUGAUGCGCUUAAGAAAGUGAAAGACAAGCUGCACCGGCUGACAACCGAGCAUCGCGAUCUGCACGGUACCGUGAGCAAGGUGGGCAAGGCGAUCGACCGCAACUUCGUGGCCGACUUUACGGCAACCUCGCGCACGGACGUGCUGCAAUCGGAGCGCAAUCUGGUGCUGCUGAACAAAAUCAUGGCCCAGCACUUUUACCGCCAGGGCAUGGACGAUGUGGCCGACGCGCUCAUCAAGGAAUCGGGCAUCCCGGCCGAGGACAUCGUGCCGGAGCCGUACGCGAAGCUGCACCGCAUCUGGGAGGCAAUUCACAACGGGAACUUGGCGCCCGCCCUCGAGUGGGCCGCCCAGUACUCGGACGAGCUCGACGCCCGGAACAGCGCACUCGAGUUUAAGCUGCACCGUCUCGCGUUUAUGCAGAUACUGAACGGUGGCGUACAGGCGCAGACCGAGGCCAUCGCGUACGCUCGCACCAACUUUGCCAAGUUCGUGCGGCGCUUCGAGAAGGACAUCCAGAUCCUGAUGGGCACGCUCAUCUAUCUGCCGAUCGGUGUGCACAACUCACCGUACAAAUACCUUACUGCCCCGGAAAUGUGGAUCGAAACCGCCGACGUGUUCCUCAAGGAUGCCUGCCAGCUGCUGGGCAUCAACAAAGACUCGCCCCUGUCGGUGAUAGUGAACGCCGGAUGCACGGCACUGCCGGCCUUGCUGAACCUGAAACAGGUGAUGAUGUCCCGCCAGGUGACGGGCAUUUGGAGCGGGCGUGACGAGCUGCCUAUUGAAAUCGAUCUCGAACCGGAAAACCGGUUCCACUCCAUCUUCGCCUGUCCCAUUCUGCGGCAGCAGAGCUCGGAAGACAACCCACCUAUGAAGCUGCUCUGUGGCCACGUCAUAUCCCGCGAUGCUCUGAACAAACUCAGCAAUGGACCGAUAUUAAAGUGCCCGUACUGUCCCAUGGAGCAGUCACCGUCGGAUGCCAAGCUGAUUUACUUCUAAUGCGCUCUCGGGUCUUUCGAUGAAACCCGUGACAUCCGUGUCUGUUAAAAGCUUAGCAAAAGAGUGUGCGUAUAAGGUAGCGGAAUCUUUCUCCUUUCCGAUGGUGACGGAAGCAGCGCGAUCGACUCACCGUUUUGGACUUAAUCCAAACCAUCCCUGAUUCAACCUGUCCGGCAGUACGUUGCGGCACCAAACUAAGAUUAGGGACCGGUGGGACGAAUGGUGCGCGCACGAGUCGUGUGUGGUAGUUUGUUAUUUAUGGAUACGUUAUAGGCAAGCAAGGCUAACAUUGUUCCAUUGUUUGGUGUGCACUCUCUGCAAACGGCCCUUCUUUUGUGAGUGGUAAGAAAGGAGCUAGAGGCGGCUGGAAAGUGAGACGCUCCACAGGCUAUAUAGGGAAAUGAAUUUAUUGGCAUGCUCCAGCAUGCAAAGCGACGUGAAGCAAGGGACAAGUGGCCCACCAGUGGUGAGUUUUCUGAGGCCGAUGGGUUCCGCACAGCGGAGAGACAAGGGGAAGUGAGAUUUAAGCGGCGCCCAGGCUCUCGGGCUGGAAGAUUCACGAACCACGGGACUUGAAAUAACUUUUAUUGCGACAAAGUUUAACAACAAAAAAACUGGCUGUAAAUAUAUACAUACAUGAACAUAUUAUAUUUUUUAUUGAUGACAAAAUAAAAGCAAGCGCGUAUAU